AGCCAGCCAACGAGGAAUCAUUUUCAUGUGAUCUUACUACAUUAUAGUCUUCGUUGAUUUUUCACUUCUUGACUGAGACUUUGGACAAAAGUUAUACCUUUCAUUUCAUCAGGUCAAGGAGAUCAGACGUUUACUGUAUUCUUGCCUUCAAGUUCCACGAGAUCGCAAAGAUGAGCAAUUUAGAAAAACAACUCUUCAAUUUGAGGUUUGCAGCCAAGCAGUUGGAGAGAUCAUCUAAGAAAUGUGAGAAAGAAGAGAAAGCCGAGAAGCUGAAAUUAAAAAAGGCUAUACAGAAGGGCAAUGUUGACGGCGCCAGGAUACACGCUGAGAACGCAAUCAGACAAAAGAAUCAGGCCUUGAACUUUCUUAGGAUGUCUUCAAGAGUUGAUGCAGUAUCUCAGAGGGUCCAGUCAGCCGUUACUAUGAAAAAGGUCACUUCAUCAAUGUCGGGGGUGGUCAAGUCUAUGGAUUCUGCAUUGAAGUCAAUGAAUCUUGAAAAGGUCAGUGCGUUGAUGGAGAAGUUUGAAAAGCAGUUUGAAGACCUGGACGUGCAGACACAAGUUAUGGAUGAAUCUAUGGCUGGUAGUACAACUCUCAAUACCCCCCAGGCUGAUGUAGAUAGUCUUAUGGCACAGGUAGCAGAUGAACACGGAUUGGAGUUAAACAUGGAACUUCCCUCUGGUCAGACAGCAAGUAUUGGUCAGUCAACAGCGGCCUCAGAACAAGAUGAAUUGUCAGCAAGGUUAGCGGAGCUCAGGAAAGUGUGAUGAUCGUACAGGAAAUUCUACUCCAUUCCUGUGAAAUGUUACUGGAAUUAAAUGGAAACAUUAUCUGAACAGGGACUUCAUCAUCGCACCAUGAUAUCAUUUCUAUCACCACUAUCAUCAUCACCAGCACCU